CGAAGCUCGAGGAGAGAGGUUGUGUUGUUGUAGAUGAUACGCGGUUUGUAUGUGUCCUUCCGCGUGAUUAGUGUACUGCAGAGUGCACCGUAUUUGCCGCGCGACAAUUCUACAAGCAUUGCAAUAACAAAACAUCCAGCUGGUUUUAAGAAUAGUUUUGCUUUCAGGAAGUAAAUAAACACAAGUACAGGAAAACUUUUUUAUGUUUUCUAUAGGGACGGAAGAGUUCCUUAUGUAAAUUGGGUUGUAAGAACCGAGAAAUGUACUAAGCGUACAGGAAUAUUAUUUACGGAUGUGUGUUACGUAAAUCGAACAGAGCUGAAAAUUUAAAUAAUUUGUCAGACUCCAGUGUUGUGACUCAUUAUGAUAUAAAGACGUUCAUUGUUGAUAAACCACAUGAUUUAUCGCAAUACAUUUUAGAGUGUAAGAAUUUCACAAUCGCAGCGAUAAUUUGAAGAUUCUUGUGAUAAUGCUUUGAAAUGAACCUACUUUGAGAACACCAGCUGUAAUUGUAGUAUCUGUUCACCCUUCUAAAGUCUUCGCGAGUCAAUGAAUUAGGUUUUUCACUAUGUAAUUGCGUUGUCAUUUCACUUACCGGUAAUAAAUCGUACGCAACAAUCAACUGUAUAAAUGCAGACCAAGACAAUUUAUAAUGUAUGAGCUUAAAGGCGGAGGGUCCUUAAUCAUCGAGGCAGAAGAAACGAUUUAAUGGGAAGGAGAAUGAGAUACACGCGUAGCCAGUAGAGGAGCGUCACUAAGCCUUUCAAAAUGCCACGGGAGGGACUCCGUGUGUUGAGCCCAGAGGAACAGCUCAAAUGGCUGAAAGCGAAGGAGGAAACCUGUUCCAGGAAUGUCUCAAGAAAUCCCUCCGCGUCCGCAGGUGUUGGGAUGUUCUGCCCUCAAGUGUGGGACGGGAUCAUGUGUUGGCCCCCAACUUCAUCGGGGAAGACCCACGAGCAGCGCUGUGCGGACUACAUCGCUGGCUUCGAUAACCAGGCGAACGCGUCCAAGUUGUGUCUCUCGAGAGGCGAGUGGUUCAGGGACGAGAAUAACAAGACGUGGACCAACUACAGCAGCUGUUUCAACGAACUGACCAUCACAGUCCCCGUCAACUUCAGCGACCUUGAUAAUAAUCCUCUCAUCUCAGGGUACUUCCCCGCCCUGAAGACAAUCGCCCAAGUGGGGUACGCCGUGUCACUCUCCACGUUGGUCAUCGCGUUCUGCAUGUUGGCCUCGAUAAAGAAGCUGCGCUGUCCUCGCAACAUGCUACACCUUCAUCUGUUCGUGUCGUUCAUAAUGCGCGCCUUCAUGGCGCUUUUGAAGGACGUUCUAUUCGUUAGCGGCGUCGGCUUACGUAUGGACGUCAUAGAAAAGGAUGGGUCAUCCUACUUCUACGAUCAGGACAAUUGGCUAUGCAAGACAGUGACGAGUGUGUGGCAAUAUUGCAUCAUGGCGAACUACUCCUGGAUCCUUAUGGAGGGGCUGUACCUCCACAAUCUCAUCUUCAUGGCCCUCUUCUCUGACACCAGCGCCAUUAGUAUGUACGUGCUGCUCGGCUGGGGGUUGCCAGCCCUGUUUGUGCUGCCAUGGGUAGUAGGGCGUGCCCUGCUCGAGGACACAUUAUGUUGGACCACUAACUCUAGUGAACUGCUGUUUCUCCUUAUACGAGGACCCACAACAUUCUCCAUACUCUUGAACUUUAUGCUGUUUGUGAACAUUGUCCGUGUGCUGCUCCUCAAGCUCAGGGCCUCGGUGUGUGAUGAAACCAGGACCUACAGGUGGGGACGAUGGGCAAAGUCUACACUAGUGCUGGUCCCUCUGUUUGGGGUACACUACACGGUGUUCCUGGGGAUGAGCUACAGUAUCGGCGUGCAUCCAGGCGUUGAGAUAGCCUGGCUGUUCUGCGACCAGCUGUUUGCUUCCUUCCAGGGUUUCUUUGUGGCGGUCCUAUACUGUUUCCUGAAUGGCGAGGUUCAAGCCGAACUGAAGCGCCAUUGGCUGCAUUGUGGAAACCUUAGGGGUUAUUUCCGCAGCCCACUCCGCCCUGGACACUGUUACUCCAACACUGACUGCACCUCGCUCAGCAUGGGCCCUGUCGGAGGAAGCAGAAAGUUGCGUCAUGGCAGCAAUCAUCUCUGUACAUCCUUUGUAGACCACAAUGCUGAGGCACACUAUACCAGUGCCCCUAACGCAUCUGAAGCAACUGCCGCACUGGGAUCGAACAGCAGGUGGUAUAACUCAGAGUGCAACAUGUCUGGAUCCCACAUUGAGAUGGGACGUCUCAACGCAUGUUAAAAAGCUACUCGCAUACUGGACAUACUCCACCAUCAUUGCUCAAGUCGGCAAGUGAAAUUGAAUAUUAUUCUCUAAGUAGUGUGAUUGCCGUUAAAAAUUCAGUGGAAAUCUUGUUUGUUGCAUUAUUAUUCGCAAAUUACACGCGCUUUCAUAGCGACAUUAAGCUCGAAAUGCCAGCAGGAAGACCGAGAUCAAGAAAUGUCAAGUGAAAAUGUUAAUUGCGCAAUUGACAGUACAAGGAAACAUGCGGAUUCAGCAACUUGAAAAGUGGAAACAAUAAAAUGUGAAAUGAGAAAAGCAGGUAAUAUUAAAUAAAAUCACCCAGCACAUUUCAACAUGAAUUGUUCGUGACUUUGAUUAGCGUGUGAUCAGGAAAGUAAUUUAUAAUUUUUAUACAGGGAGAAAAGAAUUUCCGUUAUUAAAUAAAUUAUCAGUAAUCUUGAAA